AAUUCAACUACAUCAAAGGGAGGACGCCAAGGCAUGCUAAAAGAUGUCAUUGCAAAGAAGCUGAAGAUGAACAAUGGUGCAAGUAGCAACUCCAAGUCCGAACUUGACAAAUAUCUAGCUGAAGAUACUGAAGAUGUGGAGAUGAAGUUGGACAUUCUUGCUUGGUGGAAGAUCAAUGAAAGCCGGUUUCCAGUCUUAGCUCACUUGGCACGUGAUGCGCUUGCUAUUCCAAUCUCGAGUGUUGCAUCAGAGUCUGCCUUCAGCACAAGUGGACGGAUUUUAGAUGACUUCCGUACCUCCCUUACUCCUUUUAUGCUGGAAGCUCUAGUUUGUGGACAAGAUUGGCUUAGAAGGACUACUCCAAUUGAUAUCCAGGAGAGUAUGGAGGAGCUAGCUGUGAUUGAAAAAGAGCUUAUUGAAGAAUUUGGUGGCCUGCACAUUAGCAAAGGAAAAGCUGAUAAAAAGAGGGCAUGCAUUAGCAAACCUGUUGAAAGCAUGUCCAUUUCCAAACCUGGAACAUGAUCUUUGUUCAAGCCGUGGAGCGUGGACUUGCUGCUCACCGAGGACUGGAGG